GCUUACAAAAAGAGGCAAGCUGAAGAGGAAGGUUGGAAGAAGGAGAGCAACUGUGCAUUGUUAUGAUUGCCUCUUCCUCCUGUUGCUAAGUGUCACAGGCAAAAGGACCAAGUGCGGGCGGGUGAGCAUCAGGAGUCCAGUUGAUUGGCUUCGGCCUUUGAGUUGCUGCUGGCUAGCGGUGCCGCUUCUGAGCGUCUCCUCACCCCUCACUCAUGUGGCCCCUUCAACUGGUGGCACUUUUGCUUGUGUCUUGUUAUCUUUUCGAAAUGGUGAAGCUGACAAUGAUAGCCUGUAUCACUGAUGGCCUUUCAUUUGCGGAGUGCUUAGAUGGUGGUUAUGUUAAGGAUGUUGUCUUCUACAAGCAGCAAGCAAAAUUGUUGUUCAAAAACAUAUAUAAAGGCCAACAUGAAUCAUCAAGACUGUCAACUGAGACUGGACCAUACCGUUCCAGGUUAAGGUUGCAGGAAUAGCUUUAUAUUAGGAGCAGCUUCUCCACCACCACUCAGCGGUAGAGGAGGUGUGCUUCUUCCCCAACACAACAU